AUGGCUCAGACCACAGAGCAAUCGAGACAGAUUUUGACACCACGGUGGAGGACCGUCCCAGUGAGACGAGGUUCCUCUUCAAGAACGCGCCCUGGACGGAAAUUAGGACUAGGGUGGCAGCAAACCUCGAACGCAUCCCCUGGGACGGCAAUGUCCAGCAGCAGACGGACAGGCUCAUGGCAGCGACAUACACGUUUUGGAGAAACCUGGCGAGAUCUCGACGUAGGAUUGGGCAAAACAGCACCAGAGCUCGAACAACGAGCCAGGAUGGCAGCCAAAGAGUACCACGACGCCAUCCGCAGACAGAAGAGUUCGCAUUGGAACGACUUCCUGGCCGAUGACGCUAACAUCUGGCAAGCAACGAAGUACCUGCAAACCGGCAGCGGCACGAUGGGCGAUAAGAUACCCCCGCUCGUCCGACCCGAUGGCUCCAUCACGGAGGACGGCGACAUCCCCAGCCAGUGGAGGAAUGCCAAGAUCAUCCCAUUGAAGAAGCCAGGGAAGAGCGAAUACACUCUAGCCAAGUCCUGGAGACCCAUCUCGCUGCUCUCCACGCUGGGUAAGAUACUGGAGGCAGUCAUUGCGGAGCGUUUAUCCCAUGCUGUGGAGACCUGCGGCCUUCUACCCGCCAACCACUUCGGAGCCAGGAAGAGACGCUCGACCGAACAGGCUCUCCUUCUGCUUCAGGAACACAUCUACAAAGCAUGGAGAGCUAGGAAAGUGCUCAGUCUGAUCAGCUUCGAUGUCAAGGGCGCAUACAAUGGGGUCUUCAAAGACAGGCUUCUCCAGAGGCUCAAGGCAAGAGGGAUACCUGAAUCCCUGGUCAAGUGGAUCGACGCCUUCUGCUCCAAGCGCACAGCGACCAUUGCCGUAAACGGGUUCACAUCUGGACGGCAAGAGCUGCCCCAAGCGGGUCUUCCGCAAGGAUCGCCGCUGUCUCCAGUGUUGUUCCUCUUCUUCAACGCCGACCUAGUGCAGCACAAGAUCGACGCGAACGGAGGCGCAAUUGCCUUCGUGGACGACUACACUGCCUGGGUAACGGGCCCGUCAGCGGAGUCGAACCGCACUGGAAUCCAAGGCUUGGAUUCCAAGCUAUCAUCGACAAAGCCCUUGACUGGGAGAAACGGAGCGGUGCGCAGUUUGAAGGCGAAAAGACAGCCAUCAUACACUUCACGAGGAACAUGGAGCGAUUUUCAGAACAACCGUUCUCGGUCAAAGGGCGAAGUGGUCAAACCGAAGGAAAGUGCGAAAAUCCUAGGUGUCGUGAUGGAUCGCGAACUCCGCUACAAGCAGCACAUUGCUAGGACGGCAGCUAAGGGCCUCGCAGCCGCUCUGGCCCUGAAGAGACUGAAGAUGCUUUCCCCGCGGACAGCGAGACAGCUAUUUGUUGCGACAGUAGCCCCGGUCAUGGACUACGCUGCCAAUGUCUGGAUGCAUGCGUGCGGGGAAAAGGCACUGAGCUGGCUGAACAGGGCGCAGAAGAUCGGGGCCCUGGCCAUCACGGGAGCCUUUCGAACCGCGGCAACAGCCGUGGUGGAAGCUGAAGCGAGCAUCUACCCCGUACGAGAACGACACGCCCAGGCGGCAGCCAGUCUGUGGAUCAACAUCCACACGCUACCCGGAACGCAUCCCCUUGCCAUGAAGAAAGUCCGGACCACCGUACGAUUCGUAUCUCCGCUGCAGAAAAUUGCCCGCGUGGCCGAAGGAGUACGAGUCGACCGGAUGGAGACAAUCCAGGAAUACGCCGUCCCGCCCUGGGUACCUCGCCUACGACCGACGCUCGAAGCCGAUCGAGGGAAGGCGGCCGAGAUGAACCCAUAUACAGCAGAGCUAGCAGCCAUCGCAAUGGCCCUGGAGAAGUUACCGGCUAGCAUCUGCCACAGGCACAUCACCGUGAUCACUAGGAACCAGUCAGCGCUGGCAGCAGUUGGACAGCCGCGGCAGCAAUCCGGCCAAAGCAUCAUACGGCAAAUCUACGACUUGGCCAGGCUGCACCGACAAAGAGGGAACUCGGUCAACUUUCUGUGGAUACCAGCGGAGAUUGACUUCGCGCUGGGGUCAGAUGCCAAGGCAGCAGCCCAGAGAGCGUCGAAGCAAGGACGCACACCCGACUCCCAAAUACCCCAGGCCAAGUCUACCGCGAUGAGGCUGGCAAUGGAAAGACAACGGGCGACAAGAGUUCUACCUGUAAGCGUGGGCAAGUUCUCAAAGGCCAUGGACGCAGCACUACCAGGCAAGCACACGCGCCAUCUCUAUGACAAGCUGAAGCGAAGGGAGGCCUGCGUAUUGGCGCAGCUCCGAACCGGAAUGGCGAGACUGAACGGUUUUUUGAGCAGGAUUGGGGCGGUCGAGUCAGACCUUUGUGCCUGUGGACAAGCGAGGGAAUCAGUGGAACACUUUCUUUUCCGAUGCGUGAGAUGGACAGCUCUGAGGGAAGACAUGCUGCAAUGCACAGUGGCAAGACGAGGAAGCCUCUCGUUCUAUCUGGGAGGGAAAGCGCCAUCAGAUACAAGGCAUUGGUCACCAGAUAUGAAGGCAGUCCGGGCGACGAUCAAAUACGCAAUGGCAACAGGAAGGCUGGAGCUGAAUGAGGAGGAGAGUCUAGACCAGUCACAGUAG